UCCAAUCCCCUAAGAAGCUGUGGGAUGAUUGACCUUGUAACAUAAGUUCUUGCAAGCAAGCCCCUCCUUGAUUCACGAGUUCACCCAUUCUGAUGUCUUUUUGUUUUCUUGCAGCCACUAUUGGUGUUGAGGUCCAUCCUCUUGAUUUCUUCACUAACUGUGGCAAGAUCCGUUUUUACUGUUGGGAUACUGCUGGCCAAGAGAAAUUUGGUGGUCUGAGGGAUGGUUACUAUAUCCAUGGGCAAUGUGCCAUCAUCAUGUUUGAUGUCACAGCACGUCUGACAUACAAGAAUGUUCCAACAUGGCACCGUGAUCUUUGCAGGGUCUGUGAAAACAUCCCAAUUGUUCUUUGCGGGAAUAAAGUUGAUGUGAAGAACAGGCAAGUCAAGGCCAAGCAAGUAACAUUCCACAGGAAGAAGAAUCUCCAGUAUUACGAAAUAUCUGCCAAGAGCAACUACAAUUUCGAGAAGCCAUUCUUGUACCUUGCUAGAAAACUGGCUGGCGACAAAAACCUUCACUUUGUCGAGUCACCUGCUCUUGCUCCACCAGAGGUUCACAUCGACCAUGCUGCUCAGCAGAAGAACGAGGCUGAUCUCAUUGCGGCUGCAAGUCAGCCACUCCCGGAUGAUGAUGACGACGCUUUCGAGUAAAACACUGUCUACCGUGGGAAGCCGUUACUUUUUCUUUUCCAGGUUCUCCUAGGUUUGUUUUGAUGUUACAUCGGUCUUUUAUAACCAAAUUGGGGACAUAUUGGAAUUGUUCCGUUGGGAAUAGAUCGAGUUAUAUUUUCGACCCCAAAGAGAUUUGUAGCCAAGUCUUUUCUGCCCAAGAAUAUUAUACAAGAGUCUUGAAAU